AUGCAGUUUAAAAGGAAAAGUGAUUUUAUUUCAACGACUGUUUUUAAUGUGUGUUUGACUGUUGUUUUUCUAGUCAAUGGUGGACAUUCUGAAAGUAGAGAGUUUGUUCCGGGUGCAGUACAUGGAAGUAGUGACCCACGUCUCCUUGGGUCUCCUAUGUUCAUCAAGGAACCAGAGUCUUACUACUACAUAGUAAAAAAUCGACCAAUCGACAUUCAUUGUAAGGCUGUUAGUGCAGUCCAAAUAAAGUUUCGAUGUGCUGGUGUGGAUCAGUACCAUGAAAUAACUGAAGAAUAUUUUGAUUCAACUCUCAAUAAAAAAGUGAUAUCUAGUCGACUGGAAGUAACACGGGAUGAAGUUCAAGAUUAUUUUGGAGAGGGUGGAUUUUGGUGUGAAUGUUAUGCGACCAAUAGUUUACUGGAUACUAAUAAUGGAAAGAAAAUCAAGAGUAGAAGAGGACUGGUGGAAAUAGCAAUAAUGCGAAGACGGUUUGAACAUCAGCCGAUGUCGCUGCGUGCGGCCCUUGAUACAGACGCUCAGCUUACCUGUCUACCUCCAGAAGGGAAACCGAUGCCAGAGGUAUUCUGGCUGAAGAAUGGAGAGGAAAUUGACAUCAAGAAGACAAAUAACAUUAUUUCGAGUGAAGGAAAUUUGCUGUUUCCACAAGUUCGUAUUUCUGAUACAGGAAACUACACCUGUGGGGCUCGAAAUGUUGUGGCAAAGCGGCUCAGCCAAUCAGCUAUUUUGACUGUCUAUGUGAAUGGUAGCUGGUCAACCUGGAGUCAGUGGUCAAGUUGUUCAGUCAAGUGUGGUCGUGGUACUGAGAAACGGUAUCGAGCUUGUACCAAUCCAACCCCUCUAAAUGGAGGUGCACCGUGUGUUGGGGAGACGAGUCAGAAGGCAGAAUGUACUGCUAUCUGUCCAGUGAGAGGACAGUGGUCAAUGUGGUCAUCCUGGUCAACCUGCAGUCCUGAUUGUCUUCAUCAUCGCCGAAGGUCAUGUGAUGAUCCUCCCCCUGAAAAUGGCGGAGGAUACUGUAGCGGAAAUGACCUUGACUCCACUAACUGUACAGGAGGAAUGUGUCGAGGUACAACACUGUAUGGGGAUAUGAGAGGCCCAGUAAAAACAGCCACAACAAUUGGACCCAAUGCAGGAAGUGGAAACAUAGCCCUUUAUAUUGGAAUCUGUGUGUCUAUUGUGGUCCUUGCCAUAUUUGUCAUCCUGGUUGCCUUGGCAAUCAGAAGGAAAAGUCAAAAUGCCAACAACAGACAUCAGCCACCUCUGACUGAUGAGGAAAAGAAGGCUAACAAAAAUGGAAAUGGUGUGGUUUCUGUACCUCCUGACCUAACACAGACAGUGGUGAUUGUUCAACAUAAUAAUAUGAGUAAUGGAAUCUCGCGCAGUCCAAGUAUAGAGGCUCCAAACAACAACGUCAGCUCUGUGGAAAACAUUUACGAUAAACCUGACAUCAGUCCGGACUGUCGUUUAUCAGGAGGCACUCUAACCAAAAAUGGCAAAACACUUUUUGUAGAACCUACUUUUAUGAAUAAUAGACCUCAGGAAAAAUUACCUUAUGAGAAAGAUGUUCCUCCUCCUGUUCCGCUCGGCCCUCGACCAACAAUACAAAACAACAAUGUAAUGGACAGUCGCCAGUCUAUGAUGUCCGUUCAGUUACCUAGCAAUAUCGACAUGGAGGCUGUGGCAUGGAGCACAUUCAAUCAUCAGGGUGGACGUCUCGUACUCCCAGAGUCAGGUGUUGCACUAACGGUGCCUGAGGGAGCCAUUAAAAAGGGUCAUACAGAGGAGUUGUUCAUUGCGGUGUGUCGCGACGACAAAGACCGGCCUAAACUCUCAGAUCAUCAAACUGUAAUAAGUCCCGUGAUCCUGGUUGGUCCUGUCAAACAUGACAUGCAGAAGCCGGUUAUUCUAUCUCUACAACACUGUGCCAACAUGCGACAGGGUGGAUGGAUGCUCUCCCUUUGUACCAGUGAUACGCCCACAGACGAACCCCCACGAUGGCAUAAAAUUGUCACCCUAGGACAGGAAACAAUAAAUACACCAAUAUAUGCUCAGCUAGAUCCAAGCCACUGUCACAUCAUGACAGAAUACCUUCAGAGAUAUGCCCUGAUAGGGGAGGCCAUCCAUGGGGGCAAACCAAUUAAAAUCCUUCGUCUGGCUGCAUUUGCCCCUAUGAUGCCUCCUUCAAUGGAUUUCAGCAUCAGAGUGUAUGUAGUAGAAGAUACCCAGGAUGCAUUAGAAAGUGUGAUACAAGAGGAGAGAAAGUUUGGAGGACGUUUACUUGAUAAGCCCAAGCAGAUACCAUUCCAAGAUGGUGGACACAAUUUGUGUCUUACUAUUGAAGAACUCACCCCUGGUUGGAGAAGUAAAUUGGCGGCAAACUACCAGGAAAUUCCAUUUCAACAUAUUUGGAGUGGAACACAGAACAACCUGCACUGUUCUUUCUCUCUGGAGUUAGUGGAUCGUGCCUAUCACAAAGUGAGCUGUAAAAUACAGGUGUACCAGAAAGCUAUUCUUAGUAACAGGCAGGUCCUCAACAUCAGCAACAAUUUCAAGGAGAAACCGACAUCUUGUUCUACACCCUCCUCAACACUCAAAGGAAGGUCGUCAACAGUAACCACCAAUUCCAGUUCAGGGUUCAGCUCCAUGGUAACACUUGACCCUCAAGGUCAAAACUUCCGACUGCCAACACAUAUAAGGACGAGAUUGUGUAUGUUACUAGACCCUCCAAAUGCACGGGGCAAUGACUGGAGGAUGUUAGCACAGGCACUCACAGUAGAUAGGUAUGUUCAGUUCUUUGCAACAAAGGGUUCACCUACAGAACACAUACUGGAUUUGUGGGAGGCUCGACACAGAGAAGAAACAGCUGUUACAGAUUUAAUGAACAUUUUCCGUGUAAUGGGUCGGUUGGACGCGGCGACUGUCUUGGAAGAGGACAGAGGAUCAUGGUUAUGAUCAGUGUACCGAUGACUUUACUAACCUAUGCAA